GAGCGGGAUCAACCCUUCUUUGUCCGUUGUUCAUUUUGAAUUUCAAAAUGUUGAACGGUAUCAGUGGACCUUGUAAACCCACUAAACCUGUAAGCCUGUAACCCCAAACCCACAAUCCCCUCAGUUUCCCCACGUCUCUCUCCCCCUCUCUCUCCUCCUGCUUUCAGGUUCUUCAUUGUUACCCCAAACUUUGUUUUUGGGCUCUUUGGGAGCUUUUAUUUCAACUCUCUCUACUUGGGUCCUAUCGUUUUAACUCAAUCUGCUAUCUUUCUCUACGAAAAGAAAAAAGUUUUCUUCUUUGAGAGUUGUUCAAGUUCCAUUUUUUUCCCAAAAAAAUUUUUCCUUUUUUUCUCACUGUUAUUCUGUUAUUCACUGUUCUCAUCGCUGCCCAUUCCCUUUCUCUUACCAAGUUGCCUUCUUUUGAGCUUGUUGAGAUCAAACUUGUUGCAUUUCUCUGCUCUUUUCUUCCCUCAAGAGUGUUCCUUCUAGCUCUGAGAGAAUAUAUACAUUGAACCGUCAAUGGGUGCUUCAGGGAAAUGGGUGAAAUCUCUUAUUGGUCUCAAGAAAACUGAAAAAGAUGACCAAGAAAAGGUGAGUGGCAAGAGUAAGAAGUGGAGGUUAUGGAGUUCUUCAGGGGACUUGGGAUCCUCAUGGAAGGGUUUUAAAGGAAAGUUUAGAGCAGAUUCAGAAGGAUCUGGUUCUUCACCAAGGACUGAUGCUUUCAGUGCUGCAAUGGCUAAAGUAGUUCGCGCUCCUCCUAAAGAUUUCAGGGUUGUAAGGCAAGAAUGGGCUGCCAUUCGCAUCCAAACUGCUUUCCGUGGCUUCUUGGCAAGAAGGGCUUUGAGGGCUUUAAAAGGAAUUGUGAGGCUUCAAGCCUUAGUUCGUGGUCGACAGGUGAGGAAACAGGCUGCUGUGACACUUAGGUGCAUGCAAGCUCUCGUUCGUGUUCAGGCUCGUGUUAGGGCCCGUCGUGUGCGAAUGUCCACAGAGGGGCAGGCAGUUCAAAAGAUGCUUGAUGAACGCCGAAGCAAGGCUGAUAUCUUGAAGGAAGCAGAGGAUGGCUGGUGUGAUAGCAAAGGAACACUAGAUGAUAUUAAAGCAAAGCUGCAGAUGAGGCAAGAAGGAGCCUUCAAGAGAGAAAGAGCACUUGCUUAUUCUCUUGCUCAGAAGCAAUGGAGAUCAAACCCUGGUUCUACUACCCGAACAAAUACUUCAAUUCCAUAUCUCAAAAAUCAAGGGUUUGAUAAGAAUAGUUGGGGAUGGAGUUGGCUAGAACGUUGGAUGGCAGCCCGGCCAUGGGAGACUAGAUUGAUGGAACAAUCACAGGCUGACCCUUCAGAAGCAACUCCACCAUCAAAAAGUUGUUCAGAGUCCCUCGUGGGAAAGAAUACAAAACCUUCUGAACCAUGCUCUGUGAAAGUCAGAAAGAACAAUAUCACCACCAGGAUUUCUGCAAAGCCUCCUCAUAUUGGGCUAGUUACUUGCUCGUCCUCAAGUCCAAGUUCUGAAUUUCGAUUUGAUGAGAGCUCUGCUUCAUCUUCAAUAUGCACUUCUACCACACCAGUUUCUGGAAACACUAUCUUGGCUUCAGAUAGAACAGAGGAGAGUGGCAAUAGUAGACCAAACUACAUGAACUUGACUGAAUCUACCAAGGCAAGACAAAGAGCAGGCAAUCAUGCCUUGCAGAGAAUCCAAAGGCAGUCCAUGGAUGAGUUCCAGUUCAAGAGAUCAGCUGCUUUCUACAACGGGGAUUCAAAAAGUAGUGCUGGUUCUGAUCCUUCAGUCCAUAUGUCUCGACCACUAUAUCCACCUACACGAUUGGAUAAAAGCUCAAUGAAACCCAGGGACAGGGGUAACUGCUUGUAUGAUUAGAUUGAUAAUUGUUUGUUUCUUUGAAAAGUGCAACAUCUUGUUGUUCAUUUUAUUGAAAUGUGUAUUAAGUUAAUAGCUGGUGAUCUGAGAGCAAGUUGUCGCAAACACCUUAUUGAGUAUUUUGUGACUGAUUCAAGGGCAAUCCAUUCUGUACAAUUGUUUAUUUGGCUCUUCUUUAAAUCACUUUUACUUCA